UAAUUUUUUGUAAAAUUUGCUUUUUAUCAACAAUUUUCAUAAAACAGGAGCUAGCUUUAUAAACGCUGGAUGAAACUGGGGGCCAAUGUAUGUAUAUACAUUUCUCGGUUGUUAGGGUUUCCCUCCACACCACGCCCUGUCUUCUACUCUGUACAAAUCAAAAAGUACCCUUACCAAUUCCACAUCUAUCUAUCCAUUGACUACCUCACUAUUGCACAGACAUAGAAAAACGAAUUCGACCUCGAAUGCAAUAGUCGAACCUCGAAGUGGCAUAGAAGAAUGGUCAAUGCAGUAGUUAUCUUUUAACUGUUAUGCCCAACAUGGAAACUGAAAGUUCAAAUACGACGCGAGCUGAAGAAAUCAAACUUCUUGCUAAUGAAGCAUUCAAAGCACAUAAAUAUUCUCAAGCUAUUGAUCUGUAUAGUCAAGCAAUUGAACUAAAUAGUCAAAUCGCAGUAUACUGGGCAAAUCGUGCAUUUGCUCAUAUUAAUCUUGAGGAGUAUGGUAGUGCGAUACAGGAUGCAUCAAGAGCUAUUGAAAUUGAUCCCAAAUAUUCAAAGGGUUAUUACAGGCGAGGUGCCGCAUAUCUUUCAAUGGGCAAGCUCAAGGAAGCACUAAAGGAUUUUCAACAGCUCAAGAAAAUCUGUCCAAAUGAUCCUGAUGCUGCUAAGAAAUUGAAGGAAUGUGAGAAAGCCGUAAUGAAGCUCAAAUUUGAAGAAGCAAUUGCUGCACCUGAGUCUGAAAGGCGUUCAAUAGCUGAUUCUAUCGAUUUUAAUUCAAUAGGGACAGGCCCAGGCUCAUCAUAUUUCCCCCCCCGAGUGGCUGCUGUAGCAGUAGCAGUAGCAGUAGUAGUAUUGGCUGUACUACUGGUGGUGGUGGAGCCAAAAGCAGCCGCAGUGGCGGCAGCAGGAGUGGCACUGGUACUGGUGGCCAUUGGGACAUGGUGGGCUGGCUACAGUGAUAUUGGUGACCUAGAGGUGGAGCCACAGUAUUCUGGUGCAAGAAUAGAGGGAGAUGUUGUAACUUUAGAUUUUGUGAAGAAAAUGAUGGGUGAUUUCAAGAAUCAGAAGUGUUUACACAAAAGAUAUGCCUUCCAGAUUGUCUUACAAAUAAGAGAAAUGCUGGGGGCAUUGCCAUCUCUUGUUGACAUAAAUAUUCCAGACGGCAAGCAUUUCACUGUUUGUGGUGAUGUACAUGGUCAGGCUGCUGAUUCUUUGUCGGUUCUCUUCUUCUUCUUCUUCUUCUUCUUCUUCUUCUUCUUCUUCUUCUUCUUCUAUCUGAUGUGGUUGCAGUUUUAUGAUCUAUUAAAUAUUUUUGAGCUCAAUGGGCUUCCCUCAGAAGACAAUCCAUACCUGUUUAAUGGCGACUUUGUAGAUAGGGGAUCCUUUUCUGUAGAGGUCAUACUCACACUAUUUGCAUUCAAAUGCAUGUCCCCAUCUGCUAUAUAUCUCUCUCGAGGAAACCAUGAGAGCAAGAGCAUGAAUAAGAUAUAUGGUUUUGAGGGUGAGGUCAGGUCCAAGUUGAACGAGACAUUUGUGGAACUCUUUGCUGAAGUGUUCUGUUGUUUACCGUUGGCUCAUGUAAUAAAUGAGAAGGUUUUUGUAGUUCAUGGUGGUCUUUUCAGUGUUGAUGGGGUUAAGCUCUCUAAUAUCAAAGCAAUUGAUCGGUUUUGUGAGCCGCCGGAGGAAGGGUUGAUGUGUGAAUUGUUGUGGAGCGAUCCACAACCACAGCCUGGAAGGGGUCCUAGCAAGCGGGGUGUUGGUCUUUCUUUUGGUGCAGAUGUAACAAAAAGAUUUUUACAGGAAAACAAUCUGGAUUUAGUUGUGCGAUCUCACGAAGUGAAGGAUGAAGGCUAUGAGAUUGAGCAUGAUGGUAAACUCAUUACUGUGUUUUCUGCUCCAAACUAUUGUGAUCAGAUGGGUAAUAAGGGUGCUUUUAUUCGUUUUGAAGCUCCAAAUCUAAAGCCAAACAUAGUUACUUUUUCAGCUGUGCUACAUCCCAACGUCAAGCCAAUGGCAUAUGCCAACAAUUUCCUCCGAAUGUUCUCUUAACUCAACUACUUGAUUGCAACCCUAAACAUGUGUUCCUAUAACUAGCUCUGGCUGCCCAAGUGCAAAGUUUUGCAGAAGGCUGGAGAGGAGGUGGUUCAUUUGAUGCAUGGAAAUUUCCCUGUUUGAUUACAUUUUUUUUUUUGGUUUUUUGGUUGUAGGUGUUCAUGUUUUUGCCACCUGGAUUCAAAAUUCAGGUUUAGUUUGAAAAGAUGCAUGAACAAUGAUGGUGUGUAGAGUGUUUCACCAUUUUCCAGUUGGUUUUUAUUACUUAUGCCCUGUUUCUAUUGUUCUCUUCGUCUCAUUGUCUUUAGGAUAAUCCAAUUGUUUAAAGUAAUCUUCAUUUUGUCAUGAUAUGAACAUGGCAUUUUUGUACACCAUUAGUGAAUUGAAAAAAAGACUCUUCACAUAAACUACAUUGAACACUUAAAUUCCAUGUUUGAGUAUUCUUUCUUGUUGAA